AUGAGUAUGAAAAAACAGAGUUUGUUUGAUCAUAAUGCUGGGAGAAGCCAAGAGCUUCAAUGUGGUUCUAAGAACAACCCAAAAAUGUGUGCCAUAGUAAGAAAAUACAUCCCUAAUCCAGACAGAUCUCAUGUUCUUGAGAUCACUACUGGAUUUGAUGUAUCGAAAAGUCUAUUUGAUUACAUUUACCGUAAAGGGAGGGGCAUCACCAUCCUCAGUGGAAAUGGAGAGGUGGCUAAUGUCACCCUUCGUCUACCCACAGGAAGAAUUGAAACCUUUAUGGGAAGGUUCAAUAUUCUUUCAAUAUCUGGGACAAUUUACCCACCGAUGACACCAGUAAGUGCGAGAGGAUUAGAAGUUGUCUUAGUAAGCACUACAGGAGAAAUGAUUGGGGGUAGUGUUAUGCCCCCUCUAGUGGCUUCAGGUCCAGUGGUGUUGGUGGUCCUUUCCUUUGCAAAUAGUGCAGAUGGACAGGUGGAAGGUGAUGCUGACUUGUUCAAUGUUGGAGGAUCAACACCUGGAAUGAGUAGCGUCAUCAAAUGUCCCUUAUUCUCCCGUCUCUAG